CACCAGAUGAUUCUUUCUCUCCUAAACCGUACAUCACAUAUGCGCAAGCACGCAGAGGCACAAGUAAACAACCAGGCCGUCUACGAGAGGUCUUCUUUGCCUGUCCGCUUUGUAAGGGUGGAGAAUGUGCCAGAUCUGGAGUUGGCAAAUGAGACACUCCAGCCGAGACUCGAGCCCGCUAGGUCAAGUGCGGAAGGUGAAAACUCGUCGGGGCUCGGAAGCGCAAGAUCAAAGGCAAGAGAUGUAGAAUUGCAGGGCCAAUGA